AUGUUUGGCUCCUCCCGAGCGGGUGUGAGGGGCGGACAGGACCAGUUCAACUGGGAAGAUGUCAAGACGGAUAAGCAAAGGGAAAACUACCUGGGGAACUCUUUGAUGGCCCCAGUGGGCCGCUGGCAGAAGGGGAAGGAUCUCACAUGGUACGCCAAGGGGAAGAAAGGUGACGCGGCCCUCUCCCGGGCGGAAGAACUGGCUGCCAUCCGGCAGGUGGAAGAGGAGGCCAUGAUGGCGGCUUUGGGCUACAAGAACAUGAAGAAGCAGCCGACAGGACUGAGCAAAGAGGAUCUCGCGGAGGUGUGCAAACGAGAUGGAGCCGAGCGGGAUGAGAAGAGCGUGGAUCGGGUGUUGGGCCUGGGAAGCACGAGAAGUUCUGGGAGCCGGAUGAUGUUUUCCAAAGAAGACAAGGAAGCUGCUAAGCUGGGGCUUUCAGUCUUUACGCAUCACCGAGCAGCAAACAGUCCGGAGGUUUCUGCUCCUAAAAGAAAACCAGACAAGGCAGAAGAAGAACCACGCAGGCCAGAGGCCACCAAGAGAUCCAAAAAGAAGGAGAAGAAAAAGAAGAAGAAACACAAGAAAGAAAAGAAAAAGGAAAAGCACCACAAAAAGAAAACUGCGUCGUCUUCUGCUUCCUCUUCCCCGGAUGAUAGAGAAAGAAAAAGGCGGUCUGCCUCCCCUCCUGAGCACCAUCCAUCAUCCUCCCAGCAGGCUGGAGCCAGCCGCCCUGACAGCCAUUCAUCACCCUCCCGAGGAGGACAGAAACCGCCCAGCAGGAGGCGCCACAGCCCUGCUUCCCCCGGCCACGGCAAGGAAGGGGCCCCCUGCGGCCGGCCAUCAGCAAGGGCACGGUCUCCCAAGCCGGGGAGGAAGGAACGGCAGAGUUGGAGCGACGGCCAGUCCACGUCUCCUAGGAUCAGGGGUUCGGGGGCGCAGAAAAAGAGGAGAAGCAGGUCCCCCCCAGCACACAGAGCCGGGAGGAGGCACGACACUGACUCGGACGAUUAA